UCGCGCGCCGAAUUUUAUGCUAGCCCAAACUAGCCAGACAUAAAACCAGAGUCGGCGGCGAAGCUACUUCGCACGCUGACUUUUACCUUCAGACGGCGACGCCCUUUACGGCUUUACCCGACGACCGACCUGCCCCUUCUCCGACCUCAUCUCCCCCCUCCCACAAAAUCCCUCACCGAUCCCGAUUAGGGUUUCAUUUUCCUCCCCCAUCGCCUCCUCCUCCUCCUCCCAACGCCAAGCCCCCAUGUCGACGCUCCCCGACGAGGUAUGGCUCCGGAUACUCGAGCUCGGCGCGGCGAGCUCCAUCUUGGGUUACCGUGACCUCUGCCGCGUCGCUAUCGCCUCGCGCCGCCUCAACCGCCUCUCCCAGGAGCCCUCCCUCUGGGGCGCCCUCCUCGCCCUCGACUUCCCCUUCUCGGGUUCCGAAACCCCCUCCAAAUCACUCUACAAGAUCAAGUUUGAGAAGGACAAGGCGCGGAGGAUCGCCAUGCGGAGGAUGGCAGUUAUCGGAGCGGAGGAACGGGUGUUGCUGACCAAGAAGAAGUUGGCGGAUUUGGAGCUUUCGAUGGCGAGGGAGGGCGAGAGGAUGAAGGCGACAUUGGAGGAGUUGGAGAAUUUGGAGAGGGUCAGGAGCGCAUCUGUGGCAUUAAAUGUAUGGCAACCGGAAGUUGUUCGUGGGCGUCAAAAGCAGAUAGUUGAGCAAUGCACAGUGCCUGUUGAGUCUCGUCUUAAUGCUCUUAGAAUGGAGGCUAGAGUUUGUAAGAAACAAAUCGAAACUUUUAAAAAGGCCUAUCACAACGAGAAGCUCAAGUUGAGUGAGUACGAGGAGAAACUGAGAUCAUUGAAGUAUCACCCGCUUAGUAGUGAUCAGUUGAUUGGAACCGUUGACAGUUUGAAUCCAAAAAGGCAGAAGUUGAAGCACAGUCACAGUAAGCAUUUCUCGAGCUUAAAUGUCUAUGCUCUUCUUUGCAUGUCACCUCACCCCCUGCAUGUUUAACCUUUUGGUUUCGAUCUCUUUUUCUUUGUAAAUACUCAUUGACUUUACUGCAGGUGAGAAAAGUUACUAAUUAUUGACGAAUUUUAGCGAACGCUGACAUUUUGGUUGAGUGUUCCUCUGGAAUGCAUAAUGUGUCUUGCAUUAUCUUAUCAUUCCUUUUCUUUGGAUGGUUAUGCUCGCGCUUGACUACUUGAAGAAGUCGAGGUCGUGGAUCAUAUGCCAAUUGUAAUGGGCUCUUUUGCAUGUUGUAAAUACAUAUGAAUAGUUUUACAUAAUUUAUAUCAUACAAGCUGAGCACUAGUUAAGGUGUCAGCAAGAAAUUAGAUGCUCAAAUUUUGUGUUAGAUUCCAUAAUUGAUGGUUGUUGAUAAUCUUUGCAUCAAGUUUGCUUCUUGGUUA